AUGCUCAAGGUCUCUCUCUGCGACAAGUUCCGCUCACUGUUCGGAGACAAGCUUGUGGCUUUUGGUCCCGAUCUACCGGACUCGUACCCCGUCUACAUCACGCAUGAUCUUGUCAGGUCUGCUAUGAACGUCAUAGCUGACAGGAAUAUUCCAUGGCCUAUUGAUCCCGAAUACCGCGUUGAGAUGGUCAUGGUCAAGGUUCCACUCAACUUCUGCCCGCAAGACAUGAUCAAGGUAAUGCCUCUUGAUCGCACGGGAAGACAUUCCUAUGCUGCUGCUAUUGCUAAGGCAAGGUUCCGGCGAACCCCAAAGCAUCCUGGCGGCGAGCUCGUUGCCCUUGCAAUGGCGGACUGGAAUGAGAUGGCCGUGGGCUUCAGCAUAGAGCCAAGAGAGCAUGUCUCUGUUGUCCCCCUAAACGAUCGUACACAUAAGAAUGAGGGGACUAAUUAG